AUGACCACUCAAUCCUGUCCAUUCGCCGUCGAGGAACCUAGGCCUACCGCCCCAGCUGGUCAUCUCCUGUGCCAAGAAGGUUCGGCCAUGACUAAGCGCAGCAGUACCCGAGUCCAUCAUGCGCCAGGUGGAGCUUCGUCUCUCAACCUGUCUCAUGAGCCGACCGCAGUACCGGAGAAGUAG